GCCCCAUCUCGUGAGACGCAGGUGAAAAGGACUCUGAACUCGCCAGCGUCAGGCGCGUCAGUGCGCGCGUGCAUCCGCGUCGCUCAGUUGGAGUUCUUCUCCGCAGUUCAGCGAGCGUGAGGCAAUGCGAAUUCACCUGCUGGAGCACUGCGAUCGCGCCGCGGGGCUGCCGAAGUUGAUAGUUGAAUAGUAAAAUAUGAGUUUCGACCCCAUAACGUUUGGAAUUAAGGACACUCGGCGUUUUGUGUGGAUUAUCGAGCGUGCAGAUAAAUGAGAAACGUCCCCGAGCGAUUGAAGCGAGAACACUAAAGGAAAGCGAUGCAACUCGCUCCCCUUCCUCCAAACCUCGCGACGAAACCGGUUUUUCUUUUUGCUUUGGGAAUAUAUGCGCAGUGUGGAAAAGGAUUUGGGAAGAUUUCUGCACCCUUGGGAAGGAAAAUCCAAUUUCGAUUAAGUGAGAGGAAGGACCAGUGAGUCGAAAUAGCAGACGGGGGUAAUUCACACGGCCAGACCGCUGAAUCCCAUUUCCCUUCUAGACGAAUCGGUUGCAUUCUCGUGUCAAACUUGAGGAGUAGACACCAUCGGAAAAAUGGAAAGAACAUCAGCGGAUAACGGCGAUGACUUGGAUUUUCGGGAUGUGGGAGUACAGAUUUGAUUUCUUGUUCUAAAUGAACAAAUCGAUUGUUAAAAUACGCAAAAGACUCAGAGUUAGCGCUGAGUUUUGGCUCGUAAUGUAAUUGGCUGAAGACAAGUCAUUUUGUGGACGGUUAAGCAGAGGUUAUGUAAUGCGAGAACUGAGAAUGACAUUUCCUUGUCACAGAGCUGCGAGCUGGAAUUUUGCUUCGAUUUGAUUAGACGCUUUUUUUCGUACAGGAUCUUUUUUCGGAAAUCAACGUCGCUCCUUUUUAGUGCCCUGCGGCACGCAAUUUUGAUGUCAGAGGAGGCCGCUGCUCCGUCGCCAUGACGACCGAGGAGUGUCCCGUGCCGCUUGGCGUGAGCCAGGUGGGGGCGGGGCUGUGCGAGGACUUCGGCCCCUCUCAGGGCGAUGACAUCAUCGAGGAGGUGGGGCCGUGCGAUGAUGCGGGCAGUGACCUCAGCACUUUGGUCGUGCCGUUUCCCGAGCUGGCGCCAGUGGUUUUCUUUUGCCUCAAGCAGACCACCUGCCCGCGCAGCUGGUGCAUUCGCAUGGUGUCGAGUCCGUGGUUUGAGCGCAUCAGCAUCAUGGUGAUCCUGCUGAACUGCGUCACUCUGGGGAUGUACCAGCCAUGCGAGAACAUCGACUGCACCUCAGAGCGCUGUCAGAUUCUACAGGCAUUCGAUGCAUUUAUCUAUAUAUUCUUUGCACUGGAGAUGGUGGUGAAGAUGGUGGCUCUGGGGAUCUUUGGCCGUCGCUGUUAUCUUGGCGAUACUUGGAACAGACUGGACUUUUUCAUCGUCAUGGCAGGGAUGGUUGAAUACUCCCUUGAUCUCCAGAACAUCAACUUCUCCGCUAUCAGAACAGUGCGUGUACUCAGACCUCUCAAAGCCAUCAACAGAGUACCCAGUAUGCGUAUCCUGGUGAACCUGCUGCUGGACACUCUGCCCAUGCUGGGAAAUGUGCUUCUGCUCUGUUUCUUUGUCUUCUUCAUUUUUGGCAUCAUAGGCGUGCAGCUGUGGGCUGGACUAUUAAGAAAUCGCUGUUACCCAGAGGAGAACUUCACCCUCGCAUCUGGCAUCACCCUCCCUGCCCCAUAUUAUCAGCCUGAGGAGGAUGACGAGCGGCCCUUCAUCUGCUCACUGGCUCAGGAUAACGGCAUUAUGUCCUGCGGCGAUGUGCCCACUCGGAGAGAAGGCGGACGAGAGUGCUGUCUAGAUAAAGAAGAUGCGCUGCACCGCCAGGCUCUGGGCCUGAGCGCAGAACCACUGGUCAACGGCAGUGCCUCUGCCAUGGGACUCUGUGUGAACUGGAACCGGUACUACACCCGCUGUCACACAGGACACACCAACCCACAUAAAGGAGCGAUCAAUUUUGACAACAUAGGUUAUGCAUGGAUCGUCAUAUUUCAGGUGAUCACACUGGAGGGCUGGGUGGAGAUCAUGUACUACGUCAUGGACGCUCAUUCCUUCUACAACUUCAUCUACUUCAUAUUCCUCAUCAUCAUCGGAUCUUUCUUCAUGAUUAAUCUGUGCCUGGUGGUCAUUGCCACUCAGUUUUCGGAGACCAAACAGCGAGAGCACCAGCUGAUGCAAGAACAGCGCGCUCGCUACUUGUCCUCCAGCACCCUGGCUUCACUCGCUGAGCCCGGAGACUGUUACGAGGAGCUCUUCCAGCUGGUCUGCCACAUCCUGCGCAAGGCCCGCCGACGCUCAGCUGCCCUGUACUACAUGCUCCGUGGCAAAGCCCCUCCUCCCGGGGGAGGGAGGGGGCGUGUCAGGGGAGGGACAGGAUCGACUGGGGGAGGAGCUAAUGUGAAUGGCAGUGAAAGACACCACUGCCAUUCUACUCAGACGCCUCACUGUAUUCACGAUACCAAGUUGGACCACGGCUCCCAACCUCUGGAAAACGCCAUCUCCCUCUCCGUCACCCCAAACCCAGAGGAGUGUCCUCAGUGUGCUGCCGCCCUGUCACUCAAGGAGGGGGCGGGAUCGACGGGGCACUCGGCCAAUGGGGAGGAAGAGGAGGGCGCGCUGGAGGAGACCGACAGGGAUGAGAAAAGCUUGGACGAGAAGGGCGACGAUGACUCUGAGGACUCGCCAAAGAGGAAACGCACCUGUUUUGGGAAAUGUAAAGAUGUUUGGGAUGAAAUGAGAGUGAAGCUUUGGGGUAUAGUUGAAAGCAAGUACUUCAACAGAGGGAUUAUGAUCGCCAUCCUCAUCAAUACAAUCAGCAUGGGCAUCGAGCACCAUAACCAGCCUGAUGAACUGACUAAUGUCCUGGAGAUUUGUAACAUAGUGUUCACCAGUAUGUUCACACUGGAGAUGAUCCUCAAGCUGACUGCCUUUGGCUUCUUUGAAUAUCUGAGAAAUCCCUACAACAUCUUUGAUGGCAUUAUUGUGAUCAUCAGUGUAUGUGAGAUCAUUGGGCAGUCUGACGGGGGUCUGUCCGUCCUGAGGACGUUCAGACUGUUGAGGGUCAUAAAGCUGGUGCGCUUCAUGCCAGCCCUGCGUAGACAGCUGGUGGUCCUGAUGAAGACCAUGGACAACGUGGCCACCUUCUGCAUGUUACUAAUGCUCUUUAUCUUCAUAUUCAGUAUUCUGGGAAUGCACAUAUUUGGCUGCAAGUUCAGCCUGAAGACAGAGGCUGGGGACACAGUACCUGACAGGAAAAACUUUGACUCCCUGCUUUGGGCCAUUGUCACAGUGUUUCAGAUCCUUACUCAAGAGGAUUGGAACAUGGUUUUGUAUAACGGCAUGGCCUCCACCUCCCCCCUGGCUGCCCUGUAUUUCGUUGCUCUCAUGACUUUUGGAAACUAUGUUCUGUUCAAUCUGCUUGUGGCUAUCUUAGUGGAAGGAUUUCAGGCUGAGGGUGAUGCUAACCGUUCCUACUCUGACGAUGACAGAUCCUCUUGUAACUUGGAAGAAACUGAGAAAAAGGAUUCACUCCAGCUGUCAGAUCCCAAGAUUUCCACUUUGACCCCUAAUGGGCAUCUGGAUUUGGCGCCUGCACCCAACUCCAGGGGCCUGUACCCAUCUGAAAGGCUGAGCUUUGCCCUGGGUUCCCGCAAGAGCAGCGUGAGCUCUUUGGGCAGGGCUAGCCUGGAGCAGACUGCGCUGUGUCCAGGACGAGCCUCUUUGUACCACAACUGGGGGCGACCCGCGAGGCCAGGAAUAUGGAGUCGCAGGUCGAGCUGGAACAGCUUGGGUCGAUCCUCUAGAUGCUUGGGGAUGGGGGGCGGAGGCAGUUUAAGGGUCCGUAGCCCUCACUCUCGCCCCGCUGAGCAGGAGUCCCUGCUCUCUCCUCCGCCCCCUCCUCUGCACCCGCCUCUGCUUUCCAGACACUUCGUCCCGCGCAGAGAACGACGGGCUCUCUCUCUGGAGCUUCCUGAGCUGCUGCAGGUGCCCGGACCGGCCUUGCCUCCUCUGCAUCCUCGGCAACGUAAGAAGAGCUUCUCUGGGGGUCUGGGAAGCGUUGGAGAGCACCAGGACUGUAAUGGGAAGACACCGUCAGUCCAGCCGCAAAUCAUCAAUGAAGUCUACCCUCAGGUCAACACACGCAAGGACAGGGAGGAUCUGGACGAUGAGCUGGACUAUAGUCUAUGUUUCCGGAUCCAGAAGAUGAUAGAGGUGUACAGACCAGACUGGUGUGAGACCAGGGAGGACUGGUCCGUCUUCCUCUUCUCUCCCCAAAACAAAUUCAGGUUGUUGUGCCAGUCCAUUAUAGCCCAUAAGCUGUUUGACUAUGUGGUCCUGGCCUUCAUCUUCUCAAACUGCAUCACUGUGGCUCUGGAGAGACCCAAGAUCCUUCAGGGUAGCCUGGAGAGGCUUUUCCUCACCGUGUCCAAUUACAUUUUCACAGCCAUAUUUGUGGGGGAGAUGACACUCAAGGUGGUGUCUAUGGGUUUGUAUCUUGGAGAGCAGGCGUACUUGCGCAGCAGUUGGAACAUUUUGGAUGGGUUCCUGGUGUUUGUGUCUUUGAUUGACAUUGUGGUGUCCAUGGCGGGCGGGGCUAAGAUCCUGGGGGUGCUCAGGGUUCUCAGGCUUCUGCGCACACUGCGUCCCCUCAGGGUUAUCAGUCGAGCUCCUGGCCUCAAACUGGUUGUGGAGACUUUGAUCACCUCUCUGAAGCCUAUAGGAAACAUAGUUCUCAUCUGCUGUGCCUUUUUCAUCAUCUUUGGCAUCCUGGGAGUCCAGCUUUUCAAAGGCAAGUUCUACUACUGCUUGGGCCUGGAUGUCAAAAACAUCACCAACAAGUCUGACUGCCUCUUGGCCAAUUAUAAGUGGGUCCAUCACAAGUACAACUUUGACAACUUGGGGCAGGCUCUGAUGUCCCUGUUUGUGUUGGCCUCAAAGGACGGUUGGGUCAACAUCAUGUAUCAUGGUUUGGAUGCAGUGGCAGUGGACCAGCAGCCCAUAACCAAUAACAACCCCUGGAUGCUGCUGUACUUCAUCUCCUUUCUCCUGAUCGUCAGUUUCUUCGUACUGAACAUGUUUGUUGGAGUGGUGGUGGAGAACUUCCACAAGUGCCGACAGCACCAGGAGGUGGAGGAGGCCAAGAGGAGAGAGGAGAAGCGCCUGAGACGCAUGGAGAAAAAGAGACGGAAGGCCCAGAAGUUGCCCUACUAUGCCAGUUACAGUCAUGUGCGGCUGAUGAUCCACACCCUGUGCACCAGUCACUACCUGGACAUCUUCAUCACCUUCAUCAUCUGUGUAAAUGUUGUGACUAUGUCUCUGGAGCACUACAGCCAGCCUCAUUCUCUGGAGAUCGCACUCAAGUACUGUAAUUAUUUCUUCACCAGCACCUUUGUGCUGGAGGCUGUCCUGAAGCUCAUCGCGUUUGGCUUCCGACGUUUCUUCAAAGACAGAUGGAACCAGCUGGAUUUGGCUAUAGUGCUGCUGUCAGUCAUGGGCAUCACGUUGGAGGAGAUCGAGAUCAGUGCUGCUCUGCCCAUCAACCCCACCAUCAUACGCAUCAUGAGGGUCCUGCGUAUCGCACGUGUGCUAAAGCUGUUAAAGAUGGCCACGGGAAUGAGAGCGCUGCUGGAUACGGUAGUUCAAGCCCUGCCACAGGUGGGGAACCUUGGCCUCCUCUUCAUGCUGCUGUUCUUCAUUUAUGCUGCACUGGGGGUGGAGUUGUUUGGAGAGCUGGUGUGUAAUGAGGACUAUCCAUGUGAGGGCAUGAGUCGGCACGCCACCUUUGAGAACUUCGGCAUGGCGUUUCUCACCCUCUUCCAGGUUUCCACUGGUGACAACUGGAACGGCAUAAUGAAGGACACUCUUCGAGAAUGCCCUCCGGGCGAAUACACCUGUAAUCCCAGCCUACAAUUCAUCUCUCCGCUGUACUUUGUGAGCUUUGUGCUCACGGCCCAGUUUGUUCUCAUCAAUGUGGUCGUGGCAGUGCUGAUGAAACACCUGGACGACUCCAACAAAGAAGCCCAGGAGGAGGCAGAGAUGGAUGCGGAGAUUGAACUGGAGCUGGCCCAGGGAACGCUCUGCUGCAUCGGAGGAGGGGGGUCUGGAGCCGAGAGGAGCAGUGGGGCAUCAGGGGCUGGACCCAGCUCAACUGUUCCACCUCACUCCCCAAACACACUCCCAGGGGUCCACGAGCCCAACAUCGCCAGGAAACUCUACUCACCAGCCCAGGAGAACUUGUGGCUGGACAGUGUAUCUCUGCUUAUCAAAGAUUCGUUUGAAGGGGAGAUGCUGAUGAUUGACAACCUCUCUGGCUCCGUCUUCCAUCAUUACUCCUCCCCUCCUGUCUGCAAGGACUGCAGGACUCAUCCACAAGAGCAGAUCCACAUGGCUGAGCUGGAGCAGGCGUCUCUGAGGUCGGAGCAGCUCUCAGAUAAGUCAUCUUCACCAGCGCUGCCUGAUGACCUGAGCCUGGAUGAGCAGAGCGUGUACCAGAUGGCUGCCAGAGAGGGCAAGGAAAGGGGCUGUGAUGAGUGCCUGAACACUGAAGAACCUGGAGGGAGAGGUCACAGCAGGUUACGGCGACCCUCUCGGGUUCACAGCUCUGGGACAGAAGAUGGGGCGGCAGUGAAUGGAGGCAGUUCUCAAAGUCCACUUCAAAACACACCUGCUCGUCACAGCAUAGGUGGAGUUCCUUGUAGCAGCAGUAAUGAGGAGCACCCGGGGGUUUCUGGAGCGUCGAGCCGCUCUACCACUCCCAUCCGACUCCCUGCCGAAUUCUUCCACCCAGCUGCCGCAGCCCUCCCCGCGCCCCCGAGAGGCCGGCCGGGACACAAACCAAGAGGGCUUCGGCUAACUUCCCCAGCCUCAUGGGCGUCUCUACGCUCUCCUGGAGCAAACACCAAGCUGCUCACCACACAGUAUCCAUCUCACAGUGACUCCUCCCUGGCUACGGGGAGCUCAGAGAGCAGCCUACCGACCACCAUGGAAGAAGGGCUCAGUUUCAUCGUAUCCACCACCCAGCCUCUGCUGGACACACUCCUCGACGACCGCGCCAGCCUCUCCACGGAGACCCUGAGACCCAGCCCUCCGGCCUCCCAGAACCUCCAAGCUACGAGGGGACACCAGCGCAGCAAGAGCAGCUGUGAUACGGACAUCAGUGCAGGAAGAGCUCGGCAAGGCUCCGAUGAGGACGUAGGGAUGGUACGGUACGGUUCUAACCAGACGUGCGACAGCCAGCAGCUCUCAGAGACGCCGAGCAGCCUGUCGCUGACGUCGCUGCUUUUGCCGAGCUCUCUAGCGGCCCCGUCUGUGAAAAAGUGCAACAGCACGGGCAGCUUAGACCACGGGACUCUCACAACCCAAGAAAAGGUGUUUAUAAAAGAGCCACAGGGUAACAUCACCAGCCCCUGGAAAGAAAGUAGAGAAGCAAGAAGAGAGAGGCAGUCGGAGGCAGCACAAGGAAAAGACGGCGAAAAAAGUACAAGCCAAAUAACAAUCGUGGGCUCCAGGAGAAAUAGAUGAAAGUUUACCUAGUGUUAGUUAUUUCUAAGGCCCACUACUCAAUCUCUGUUUUUUUCAGGGAGCAGUUUGACAUGUGGCAUUCCAUCUCAAAGUCUUUCUCUCUCUAUCUCCCUGUUUUCGUUUAUGACCUGUUACCAUUUUGUAUUUGCUUGUGGUAAACGUCCAACAGGACCGUAGAGAAACUGGAUAGAGAGACCUGAGAGCAGUUUGGCCCCUUAGAGCAUGACUAGACCGAAGGGGACUGUUCAAACAACUGCCUGAACAAUCAGGUCAGGAGAUGACAUACGGUACAGGUAAAGCUUUCCGUAUGCCGGAAUGCUGGGAGUUUCUUGAAAGUUAGUUUAAAAAAAAAAGUUACAAAGUAUAUAUAUAUUAGAACUGAAAAGAUAAGGAGAUACAUUUAAAAAAAUGACAGAAAAAGAGAUGUGUUCUCUAAACGAGGACACUGUCAAAGAUUUGAUGCCGUUACAAUACAUUAAAGAUUUUAGAAUUUAACUUUCAAUAUACAUAUAUUUUUGCAGUUGUUUUUUUUGUUUUUUGGUUUGUUUUUCAUAUUGGUUUUUUUUUAUAUUUGCAUCUUACAUCAUUGGAGAGAGAGAAUAGUGUUCAUCAUUUAAUCUGAAGCAAAGCAUUUGUUAAGAGAAUGACUAAAAUUAAUGAGAGGAAAUCAGACAUCUACCAAUCUGUCUGUUAUUUUAUUUAUUUAUUUAUUCAGAUUUAUUUAUUUAUUUAUUCAGGUUUAUUUAAAUUAUUGUUUAUAUAUUUGAUUAAAGGGCAAAUGUAGAAUUAUGUAAUCUCCUACCUUUUGCAUCAGGAGAUGAAGAAAAUAUAGACACGAGGACAAAGAACAGUCCUCUGCAUGACGGAGAGUCUCUUUACAAAGAAGUUCAUUGUAACAAUUACUGAAGAUGUCAAUGCUGGAAGAAAGCAGUGAGGUUUUUACUCAGAUAUUUUUUUAUUGAGAUGCUCUGGAUCAAGGAAUAGGUGACGCGCAUUGUUGUGGUCACCGUUCUCCUCCCCACAACCCAAGAACAUUUCUCUAUAUGACUUUAUUCCCUGCAAGUGGCUUCCAUUUUUAUAAUUUUGAUUAGGUGGAGGGUACUUUUUGUAUGCUCGGGUAAAAAGAACCAAGCAAACAAAACAAAACAAAAAAAAAAGGAAAAAAAAAAAAAAAAAAAAAAACAUUAAAGGAUUUUAGACUGUGGAUUACAUGAACUCAUGGAUGUUGACUACAGCCAGACACAAAGGAUGAUGAACAGGCCAUGGGAUUUAAACGCUUCUUCAAGAACCCUGGAGCCUCUGCUUUAUUUUGGUCCUCGGAUGGCAUGUCAGAUGAGGAAAACACAAGACGGUGAUAUUUAGCUUUCAUUUUGACAAAUCUAGGUUGAUUGGAUUUGCAACUGAAUCAAUAUUUCUACAUGAAUUUUCUUUAGCAUGGUUACUGGACUGCAGUAGGACACCUCUGAUUUAUUAUUCCUCCUCUGAAAAAAAAAUGCACUCGUUUGCUCUUUAUUUUAUUUAGCUUAGACUUGGUCACUGUAUUCAUGUGCAAAUGGAGCAACUCUAGGUAUGACACUCCAAAUAUCUCCAAAUAUCUUAGUUUAGUCUGCUGUAGUGUUUAGCACCCCUGUUUUUUUUUUUUCUUUUAGAAUAUUCAGGUGAAUAUCACGUGUAGACUUGACCUGUUGAUGAUCUUCAUUGUCAUUUGAUUGGUAGUGACUGUCCAUCCAUGACGUCUGGGUCUCUGUACAUUAUGUCAGUUGUGUUGUGGUUUAGUCAGGACCUAAGUGCAGGAUUGUCACUUCAUUCAUGGUUUUCGAAACGAGGAACACCGAAGUAUUAAAGUUUAAUCAGCAAAACACAACAACAAAGGGCUUACUUGGUUUCCAAGGUGUUCUUGGAUCUCACCAGACAAUUUUUGCUAAUAGUGCGCAAGACUUCAAAGGUUAGUCUGACACUACAGCAAUAAAGAGUAGCUUUGUGUGCCCCGAAUAUACAUAAUGAUGUCAACGUCUUUUUCUUUUUCAAGUAGAUUAUAUUUACCCUUGUUUAUUAAGUAACAAAAACUGCACGACCUGAGGGCUGAUCACAUUACACAACCGUUCGAGCUUUGAGAAUAGAUGGGCUGCCAAUGGUUCAGAUGAACAAAUGAAGUCAUUUCGAACUCAGGGCCUUGGAAAAUACCACUACCGAAUGCUCUGUUUCCUCAGGGAGACAGAUGGCUGGAAAAAGGAGGACUGUAUGUUAAAUGUUAAUGUUCAUUUGAUUUGACUUUGCAUUUACUGCUCUAAUAAGCUUGCAUCGCCGUUACAGCAGGAUACAAGUGAGGCCAGGUUUAUUACAGUAACAGGUUAACUGAAAGCUUACUCAUAGCCAUCACUGUAUAGUUUGAAAGUGUAUGUAGCUUAAAGAAAAUUCUGACGAUGCAUAUAUUACGUGUACGUACGUGUGGUGUUAAACGGUCUGGAGUGAUAGGUGAGAUUUUAUACGAAAUUCCAUGUGUCUUGUCACUGGGUUGAACAUAUGUACAUAUCCUUUUAUAUAUCAAACUGCAUGUGUGCUACGACCAAUGACAAUGAUACAUGCAUUUUAGAGUGAUUGAGGCUUAAGGGUUUUUUUUUUUUUGCUUUUUUCUCCUCACCCUAAGGUCUUCCUGAAACUCUGUUAAUGUAAACUUAAUUUACUUUUGGAUUAUUGAUGAGACUGUAUUUCCCAUGAGAUAGCUGUGGUCGUCUGCAAUUUUGGUUUGAAGCCUCCGCUGGCUUAGAUGGACAAUUCUGUUCCUCGAAUCUGAUUGGCUCAACGAGUAUUGAUACAGUAUAUCGCUUUUAGGACUACAUUUUCACUGUUGGAAUGACUCAGAGUGUUUGUGUGUGCGUGAGCGGUGUGGAGUAGAAGUGGGAUUGUUUUGUUUUGUAUGAGCAGGGAGCAGGAAAUGCAAAAAACCCAAAACCUAGGAAAAUAACAGGCUUGAUUGCAGUGCUCUUUGUGGUUCCUCCAUUCUGCUCACAUCUUCUGUUGUAUGUUGGUUGGCAACACGCGGCGCUUGAUGACUGGGUUUUUAUGACUUUUA